CAGUACUCAGCUAGCCGUUCCGCGGAUCAGUCGCAACCCAGCGGUGGAAAAUAUAAUAUAUACACAUGAGUAUUAACAAAAAUAUAUGUAUAUAAAUACUUGUGCAACGUUAUUUGAUACACCUUUAUAGAAAUUAUAAGCAACGGCAGCUGCAAAAAUAACGAAAAUUAAACCGUAAAUCUGUUCAGUUAAAUAAAGUGUUGGUGUCUCGUAUCGUUAUUUUAGUGGCCCCCUAAAUUAGUGGCCAGAGCUGUAAAUCCUAACUUAAUUAGUCUAUAAUUAAACUUCAAUCGAAGAAGGCUGGAGGUUUAUUGAACGUCUUCGACAUUGAACGGAAAGUGAGAACUACGUGCGGUAAUGGUUGCGAUAAGGGGAAUAUCCGUAGAAUUCCACUAGACGCUAAUUAAAAUAGCUCCAAAAGACUGUACACUCGAUAAUCAGUAGGGAAUGGGAGUAGAGUGUAAAUAGCGUAAUCUGGCGGCCAAUUUGCAAAAUAAACAAUCUGUCGGAUAAUGGAAUAGCCAUGCAAAUAUUCAAAACAAUCUAUUGAUAAGCUGCAGUUGGCGGUUUGAAUUUGAAUCUGACCCUGAAAGCUGUGAGAGAAAAGAAAAGCUCUCUCCCUCAACCCCUACCCGGCCAACGUUAUUUAACAGCGGAAGAGAAACGCGAGUGCGCAGAGCGAAAAUGAGCGCUGUCGAGGCACCCACAGGAAAUGGCAAGGAAAAUGGAGUCGAAACCGCAGCCAUUGCAACAUCAGAACAGAGACGCCUCAGCCAGGCCAGCGAAAAUAGCACCAACACCAAUGUGGGGGAGGUGACAGCUCGCCGCUCCGCCUGCCAGUGGGCGUGGCACGUGAUCACUUCCGUUUCCGUGGAGCCCACCAUGUUCCUGUACAUGUUCGCCUUCAUGAUCACCUCGGUGGUGGAACAGAAUUUCUUCCUGUACAAGUCCUGUCGGGUGAACAAUAACUACACGGAGGAGAUCUGCCGGAACAUCAACCUUCCGGAGAACAAGGAGUUCAAGGAUGCGUCCCUAGAAACCAACGCCUGGUUCCUGCAGUGGGAGAACAUCUCAGCCCAUGUCUUUCCCAUCAUUCUGGCUCUGUUUUUGGGCUCCUUCUCGGAUCGCCGCGGCCGGAAGCUGCCUCUGCUUAUGGGCCUGUUCGGCAAGCUUAUCUACUCCACGAUGAUAGUGGUGAACGCCAAGAUGCCCACCUGGCCAGUCCAGAACAUCAUCUACUCCGCCACGCUCCCAUCUGCGCUAACUGGAGCGGAUGUGGCGAUUUUCGCCUCCUGCUUCGCGUACAUCUCGGACAUUUCCACGCUGGAACAGCGCACCAUCCGGGUGACCAUUCUGGACGUGAUCUACCUGAGCGCCAUGCCUACAGGAGUGGCCCUGGGCUCCCACCUCUACUACAACGUCUUCGAUCAGUCCUACGCGAAUAUGUUCGCCGUAAACGCCGGCCUUCUGGCCCUGGCUAUAGUUUAUUCUCUAUUUGCCCUCAAGUGGCAAACCACUCCCCGCCAGCGGUCUCUCAGGGAGUUGGGCUACUGCGGCUUCUGGGGCGACUAUUUCGAUAAGCAGCACGUGAAGGACUCGUUCGUGGUGCUCGUUAAGAAGCGCAGGGGCCAUCGGCGCACCUUCCUCAUUAUCCUGCUGGUCAGCAUGGCGCUCUACACCUUCCAGCGGGACGAGGGCAGCUACCUCUACAUGUACACCCUCGACAAGUUCAACUGGGACGUGAGUUCGUACAGCAGCUUCAAGACCUUCAAGUCGUCGGCCUACGUGAUUGCCAUGCUGCUGGCAGUGCCUCUUAUGAACAAGGUAUUGGGAUGGAGGGAUACGAUUAUCAUCUUCAUUGGCACCUGGGCGCAUACGAUAGCCCGCUUGUUCUUCUAUUUCGCCGACAACACGGAUCUGCUUUAUGCCGGGGCUGUGGUCUGCAGUUUGGGUCCGAUUGUGGGGCCCAUGAUCCGGGCAAUGACCUCCAAAAUAGUCCCGACCUCCGAGCGGGGCAAGGUGUUUGCCCUGCUCUCGGUGUGCGAUAAUGCAGUGCCCUUCAUCAGCGGAGUUUGCUACUCGCAGCUCUACCGUGCCACCAAAUCGAACAACUACGGAGGGGCAGUCUUCAUGCUAACGAUUGCCACUCAACUGGCUGUUUUUGUGCUCAUUCUUUGCAUUCACAUUGUUCUGGGCAAGAACUCAUUGGCUGUCCCAGAAGUUCCCGAGAAGGAAAGUGGCCUCAUAACCCAAAAGGAAAAGGCUGCCCUGGAGGCGCCAACAGAAGAAGAUUAAAGACAGAAGUUCAACUUUAAUACCUACUAUUAAUUAUAAGACAUUUUCAGCUAAUAAAAUAUAAUUUUUAUAAAAUUA